AUGGUUGGUACCUUUGCCGCUCGUUCCUGCCUCGGAGGUACAACCAGAUUGUGCGCCUGCUAUGCUCCCUCGAGUACAACGUAAACAUCUCAUUAAGGCUGGUAUCACUUCAAAGGCGCGGUAGUGUUACGGAUAACGCCAGUAAAUUACGUUGCGCAAGUACCGCGCCAGGGCUACCCCAGUCAGGAACAAGGGUCUUGAUUCCGGAUAAAUUACCUACUGUUACUUCGUGCCUACUUCCCCUUAUGGAAAUUGACUUCAGAGCCGUCCAUCGUGAUGGUCGAUGGGAGAUGGAAAUCUCAAAGUCACCAUGGCCCACGGCAUCGGCUGUCACUGCGACAUUACCAGGCCAUCGCAGUCGUCGUCGUCGUUGUCUCUUUACUAACCUGACCGCCGCUGUUGUUGUUGCCGUUCUCGCCCUCGUCCCACUCACCAUCUUCGUGGUAUCUCGUGCUUCUGGAAUACGCUUAGACGACGCCAACGAUAGCGGCAGCAGCUUCGCCUCCAAGUUUCUCCACCUUGUCCACCUUGUCCACAUGCCUGAUACUGCUGCUGCCAUGGCGCUACGAUCUCUCCUAACAGCCGGCACGCUCGCCUUUGGUCUCCCGAGCGCCACCUCGGCCUCGCUUCUGUAUGUGUCGUCCUACGCCGGCACCAUCACCACCUUUAAUCUGUCAUUAUCCAACUUGGACCACGCCACCGAAGCACACCUGCAGCCCAUCGCAUCUUCGGACGGCUGUGCGCCUAACCCCUCAUGGCUGACCCUUGACUACUCCAACUCCACCCUCUACUGCCUUGACGAGGGCCUCAGCUCGAGGAACGGCAGUCUGUCUUCUUACAGUACCGCCGACGACGGAACCCUGGUUCGGUUAGACAAGGUCACCACCAUCCUUGGCCCUGUGAGCGGUGUCAUCUAUGGCACCGGCGGUCGAGGUCUAGCCCUCGCCGAGUACUCGGGGUCCUCGGUGAGCUCGUUCUCCAUUUCGGAUCCAGCCGCUCUUGCACCAAUCCAAAGCGAUACGUUCACUAUCCCCCAACCUGGGGUGGACCCCAUACGCCAAAACGCCCCGCACCCCCAUGAGGCCUUCCUUGACCCUACUGGCCAGUUCCUUCUCGUGCCCGACCUUGGUGCUGAUCUGGUUCGCGUCUUCUUGCUUGAUGGCGAAACUCUCGAGCGGACCGCCGUUGCACCGCUGGUUGCGGCCCCUGGCAGUGGGCCAAGGCACGGCGUCUUCCUCGUGACUGAAACCAACACCUUCCUCUACCUGGUCUCCGAGUUGACUAGUACCAUAACCGUCUACGAUGUGCUCUACAACCAGAACAAGACCCUCGGCUUUAACGAGGUGUACAUCACAAGCAUCUAUGGAGAGGGAGCCUCAACCCCCAAAGGGGCAACUGCCUCGGAGAUCCAGAUAUCGCCCGACUCCAAGUUCCUGAUUGUGGCAUCCAGAGAUGACGGACGAUUGAAGAUCCCAAGCUUUGACCCCGAGGACUCGACGGAGAUCCCGUCCGAUCCCCUCCUGAAUUUCUCCCUGGAUCAUUGCACUGGGGCUCUGAGCUUGGUCCAAACCUUCCCCGCAGGGGGCAUAGGCCCUCGGCAUUUCUCGCUCAACAAAGCCGGCAAUCUCGUCGCCGUUGGCCUGCAGAAGGACGGGCGUGUCGUGGUCAUCGACCGGGACACCGAGACCGGCGAACUGAAGGGGUUCCUCGCCAGUGCUGAUGUCGAGGGCGAGGUCACUUGUGCCAUCUUCGACGAAUAAAUGACCCACUUUGAUACAGAUCCCCGGAAUGGGAGAUCUGGUUGCAUAUGUUCACUAGAUAAUACAUACCUAUAUUGCAUAGUCACAUCUCCUAGCAAUUCUCUUAUGAUCCUCGCAUGAG